AUGGCUCGGCCAAGAGACUCGCGCUCACCAAGUCCUGCAGGCAGCCACCAUAGCUCUCGUCGCCACCGCAAGGAUGACGACCGACGAGAUAGGGACCCCCGCGACGACCGCCGUCGAUCACGGUCGCGCAGCCCUGAUGUGAGAAGCCGCAACUAUAGGAGCCCCCAAGGUCUUUAUUCUGACAGCAUCCUCAUUCAACAGCAUCGAUAUCGUGAACGCGAACGCGACAGAGACAGGGACAGAAACAGAGGUCAUGGCGGCCGGGAUCGGGAACGAGACCGGCGACGAGAUCGGUCAUUAGACCGCAGGGACGAUGCUUACUACCGUGGCGACAGACGCGACUAUCGCGAUAGGGACCGUCGCAGAUCUCGAGAUCGAUAUGACGAUAGAAUCCGAUCUCCUGACCGACGACGCCAACGCAGCCGCGAUGAUGACAGAGGCUAUCGAAGAAGGGACGAUUCCCGAGACAGGGCAAACACGCGCCGUGACGACGGUCCCGAUUCCCAUAACCGCAGCCGACGAGACAACGGUGCAAGAUCACCUGUGAGAGAUAGUGCCAAAGCAAGCAACAAUGAGAAACCGAAACCCGAGGUGAAGUCCGAGGCUGACAAGAAGGCUGAACGACUGGCCAAGCUUGAAGCAUGGAAGAAGAAAAAGGAGAGUGUAUCACAAAAGCAAAAAGAGGUUAACCCCCACCAGACUCGAAAUUUAUUAGCUGAGAUGGACAAGAAGGUGACAGGCGACUCGUCUGCACCUGCGUCUGGAGGCGCAUCUCCCUUGACCAGGACUGAAUCGGGCAAUGCAUCCCCUUCUGCUAACAGUCCUACUGUUCAAUACCCGGGAAAGUUCGACCCCAAGGCGAUUGCGAAGAAGUCGGCUGCACGCUCUCUUGAUGCAUCUCAAUCUGUUCUAGGAUCUGUCAAUGUGCAGACAAAACCACCGGGAGGGCCCCUGAACAAGUCCACCACUGCUUCUGCACUACCUGCGAAUCGCGCCAAGACAAGUGGUUUUGGUUUUGGGAAGUCGCACAACGACGACAAGCUCACCACAAAGCGAAAGCUAGAUCUGGACGAAGAAGUGACAACGAAGCGAAUAUUGACCAAGCUACCCACGCUACCCAUUGAGGCCGAUGAUACGCCGUACGCAGACCAAGAUGAUGAUGAUGAGUCCGACGGCGACAUUUUUGCAGAGAAUGAGGAAGAAGCCGCCGCCGCUGCCCGGGCAGCCCAUGAAAGAAGAUUGCAAGCCGAGAAUCACACCGACAAACCCGAAGCUGAUAAAAUGGACACCGACGAGGGACCUGACACUUCAGUUAAAGAUGCCCCAGAUACCAACGGCGAUGCCAGUGACACCCUUCCCCUGCAGGAGAAUGUUAACCAGCAAAUGGACGUUGAUGAAGAGGAAGAGGUGGAUCCUCUAGACGCUUUCAUGGCCGACCUGCAGGAGACGCCUGUCAAGCCAGUCCUCAAAUCAUCCAAGAAUAAGUUACAAGAGCCCGAGGCCUACUUUAGUGAGGACGAGUUUGGUGUUGAUCCAGAUGAGAGUCGCGAUGCCAAUGCCUUACUUUCCAUAACACAGAAACGAAAGAAGAAAGACAUUCCCUCUGUGGAUUACACCAAACUCGAGAUCGAGCCUAUCCGAAAAGAUUUUUGGGUUGAGCCUGCGGAGCUUAGUCUGCUAUCAGAAGCCGAGGUAGCUGAGUUGCGACUCGAAUUGGACGGUAUUAAGGUGAACGGGAAGAACGUCCCGAAACCCGUUCAGAAAUGGGCGCAAUGUGGUUUAACAAGCCAAACAUUGGAUGUAAUCGCCAAUUUGGGUUACGAGAAGCCCACUUCAAUUCAAAUGCAGGCUAUUCCGGCGCUGAUGUCCGGUCGCGACGUUAUUGGCGUUGCAAAGACUGGUUCUGGAAAGACAGUUGCCUUCCUGCUUCCCAUGUUCCGGCACAUCAAAGACCAGCCGCCUCUCAAAGAAAAUGAUGGGCCGAUUUCUCUUAUCAUGACACCGACCAGAGAACUAGCGACGCAGAUCCACAGAGACUGCAAACCUUUCCUUAAGUCGAUGGGCUUGAGGUCUGUGUGUGCGUAUGGAGGUGCGCCCAUCCGCGAUCAAAUAGCCGAACUCAAGCGUGGAGCAGAGAUCAUUGUCUGCACCCCUGGAAGAAUGAUUGAUCUUCUAGCAGCAAAUCAAGGCCGUGUCACCAAUCUCAGGCGGGUCACAUACGUCGUUCUAGAUGAAGCUGACCGUAUGUUUGACAUGGGUUUUGAGCCUCAAGUAAUGAAGAUUUUUGCCAAUAUGCGACCCGACAGACAAACCAUUUUAUUCUCGGCCACUAUGCCCCGCAUUAUUGACUCAUUAACUAAAAAGGUACUCAAGAGUCCUGUUGAGAUCACUGUGGGCGGUCGUAGCGUCGUUGCCAAAGAAAUCGAGCAAAUUGUGGAAGUUCGCGAGGAGGCGAGCAAAUUUGUGCGUACGCUCGAGCUCCUAGGCGAGUUGUAUGAUCGAGAUGAGGAUGCCAGAACCCUGAUCUUCGUCGAGCGUCAGGAGAAGGCCGACGAUUUACUUAAAGAAUUGUUGACCAAGGGCUACCCUUGCAUGUCUAUUCACGGUGGUAAGGAUCAAGUGGACCGUGAUUCCACCAUCUCGGACUUCAAGAAAGGCGUGGUUCCGAUUUUGAUUGCCACGUCCGUCGCAGCAAGAGGCCUGGAUGUCAAGCAGCUGAAGCUUGUUAUCAACUACGACGCCCCGAAUCACCUGGAAGAUUAUGUCCACAGAGCAGGACGAACUGGUCGAGCAGGUAAUACAGGUGUUGCUGUCACCUUUGUCACCCCCACCCAGGAGAACUGCGCGCCGGGUAUUGCUAAAGCGCUCGAACAGAGUGGACAGCCGGUUCCCGAAGAUCUCGCCGAGAUGAGGAAAUCCCAUCGCGAGAAGGUAAAGUUGGGCAAAGCGAAGGAUACCUCUGGCUUUGGCGGCAAGGGUCUUGAUCGGCUCGACCAGGAGAGAGAAGCAGCACGCCUUCGAGAGCGCAAGACCCACAAGGCCGAAGGCGAAGAGGAAGAUGUUAAGGAGGACAAGAAGGACAAGGACAAGGACGACGAUAAAAAGGUUGAGAAGGCUCUCGACGCCAUCAGGGCUGCUGCCUCGACCAUUCACUCCCGCGAGACGUCAAAGACUGAAGGGGGGGAUCCAAAAACUGGUCAAGUCUCAGCUGCCCCAACCGCAGAGAAGGGCAAGGAUGCUCUGGACAAGGUCAGCUCUGCCGUUAGUGCCAUCAACAGCCGUCUCGGCAAGGCGGGUCAGCUUCGGGCUGGCCAACCCAUCGAUAACAAAGGGCCUGAUGCCGGUGCUUUCCAUGCCACGCUGGAGAUCAACGACUUCCCCCAGAAGGCCAGAUGGGCAGUCACCAACCGGACGAACGUCUCCAAAAUCCUGGAUGCCACUGGGACAUCCAUCACUACCAAGGGCAAUUUCUAUCCGCCAGGCAAGGAAGUCCCCUCGGGAGCCGAACCCAAGCUGUACAUUCUUAUUGAGGGUGAUACAGAGGUUGUGGUGAGCUCGGCCCUAACGGAGUUGACAAGAUUAUUGAGAGAAGGUACGAUUGCGGCCGCAGAUGCGGACAACAGGGCACCUGGCAGUGGACGUUAUACAGUCACAUAA